AUGCGAGAGGCGACGCUCGAUGAUUCGCUGUGGAAGUCGCUGUGUGAAGCUCGAUGGCGGUGGCGGGCGAGCGGGACGUGGGCUCGGAGCGCGCGGUUGCCUUUCGAGUCGGUGUUUGGCACGAGCGCCAACGCCGAAAAGCGCCGAGAUAUUUUCCGCGGGGGGGAGGGCUGGCGACGGGCUUAUAAGGAGCGUUUGCAAACCCGAGGAAUCGCACGAGUGGCGGGUAAGCGCGUGAUUCGAGUUGAAUGCGACGGAGGAGUCAUGCAGGCGAGCGCGCUGCAGCGCGUUCUCAACGCCACCUUGCCGGGCGACGUCGUUUGCUUGGGCAAAGGCACGUACGAAGGAUCGUUAACCAUUCCUCGCGGGAUCGAGAUUGUGGGUGUCGACAAACGAGAGAACGUGCUCAUCGUGAGCGACGAAACUCCAGCGAUGAUGACAUCGACGGCGAUGAACGCUUCCCGUUCCGUCGCGUCCGUGGUUACCAACGUCACGCUGUUGCGACGGGGCUCUGCGAAACGCAGCAGCUCGUCUGGAUACGGCCACCAGGCGUGCGUGUACGUUUCCGACGGCUCGCGAUUGCGACUUGACAGUUGCGAUAUCGUGAGCGCUGGUGAAGGCGUGGUGGCGACGGCGCAAGACUCCGCGGUGCACGUGCACGCGUGUAACAUUCACUCAGUGCUGUCGUCGUUUUUAAGCACGUCGCGACGCGGCAGCUCGCUCACGGCGUGCAGAAUCACCGCCGCCAAGUCUAGCGUCGAAGACGCGCACGAAGAGGAAGUCAUCGAUGAGAUCGAAAGCUUACCUUCGUCUUUGGGGUACGAUCGUUUGUUUGCCGCCGUCACGGCUUUGUCGGGCCCGGUGGAGAUUUGCAACAAUCGCAUCGUAAACGGGUUCGCGCAUGGCGUCGUCUUGUUUGAUUGCGCGCACGGCAAUAUCCACGACAACCUCAUCGCGAACAACGUUGGCGCGGGUAUUUCCGUGGGUGUAUCUUCCACGGCAAAUAUUUCUAACACGAUAGUCGCGAACAACUCCAGUGUCGGUAUCGCAAUGUGCGGUCGGGGCACGAUUCGGCACUCUGAAGUCCGAGGCAACGCAUUCAACGGGAUCGAUAUCGCGCAGCGGUACACGAACCGCGACUACCUUACUGCGAGAUUUGACGCAGGUACUGACGAAGAGCUCGAUCUUGAAGAAGAAUUUUCCGCAUUUCUCAUGGAUUUAGACUCGGAUGACUUCGAAAACGAAAAAUCUUCCGAGGAGAUUGACGUCCUCGUCGAGGGGUGCCAUGUUUCCAAAAACGCGAACGACGGCGUGUGCGUGUCUGGUGGCGCGAAUGUUGACGUGAUUCAUUGUGAGAUCAACGGAAAUCUGUGCAACAUCGCGAUAGAUCGUGGAAACGUGCGAUGGAGCCGCGUGCUUGUGGAGGGAGAAAGUAUGCACGCCGACGCGCCAAACGUGCGCGUCGCCGAGUCGCACUCGACGUUGAUCCCGAUGCCAACAAGCAUCGAAGGACCGCAGUUCGUCGAUGCGACAGUCAUGCCUAAGCUCCGACGAUUCAUUCCGAAUCCGUCUCCGCUUACUGUCGUGCUGUGA